AGUAACUCCAAGUACACCCCCGUCAAUUCUAGACCUGGCUCUCACUCGCUGUCUCGCCUGCCUUGGAAGGAGUGGAAAGUACAGUAUGAGCAAUCAUCCACCCUCACUAAUCCAACCUGUCCUGUCUUGACUUAUCCCAUGGCCCAUCCAUCCACCAUCCACCGUCCGCCAUCUAUCCAUCCCUCUCCACUUGGUUCCAUCACCGCCUUUCCCUUCUCACUCACCCUCUCUCUUCUCUUGUCUUCUUUCCCCUGCUUUCUUAUCAUCGUCUCUCCACCUCUCUUUCCCUUCAUUUGUACGCUUUCCGCAUCUUCAAAGGCCUUCUUUCUUCUCGAGCUUGCCACUCUUCUCUCACUAUCUCAUCUCUUCUGUCUAUUCAUAUCUAAUCCAACCCAUCCCAACUCUCACCCAUCACACCACAUCAAUCACCGUUCUACUCACCGAACGAAUCCGCCUCGCCUCGCCAUCGCCACCUUAUCUCCCGAAGCAAGCACUCAAUCCCAACGCUUAUCGCGGUGAUUCAUCAACAGCCAACCACUCAAUCACCAAUCGAUCGCACAAAGCUUGAGCUAUACAAUUUACAACGAGAAGAAGAAGCGUCCUUGACUUGUGUUGUCUGCCGCUGCAUUAGACCAAGUCCUUGUUCGCCUAGACUUCCUAUCACGUCGCUCCGUUACCGCAUCCCUUGAGCUGCAUAUCACGAGCCUCGGCCAGCAAUCAAAAGCGGUUUUACAGUCGGACACAUCACAUAGAAAGAUCGCCUUGUGCUGCAUUGAGUCGACGAGGGUUUCCUCAUUGACUUGCGUUUUACUUUCCGGUCUCUCACUCAAUAUCGCAACUCGGCCUAGUUGGCCCUCGUGACUCAACCGUUACCGGCCGAUCAUUAGGAACUCCGCCCCGGGCGAGCUCCGCUCCCCUAUCCCCCGGUGCCAGUCUGACUGGUCCGACACGUCGUUUUAUCGGCAUCGUCGAAUCCGGUUCCCCCUCUGUUAAUACGACUUCACCUGGUCUUGACCAAAACUCAAUUCUCCGGUCGACCUCGUCCCAAGUUGACUUCCAUCACCUCUCAUCGUCAGAGUCAUUCUUUUUUCAAGUUACAAAAAAACGUACCCAUGUUAUUAUAACGAAUUUCAUUUUCCUUGUCUUCAACUUCUUCGGCCACUUCGGUCUUCGCAACUCACCGUCACGACAAUUCGAUAAUCAUUUCUUUUGUUAAGCCUCUAUCGAAUACCCUCAAAUGAGCCUCUGAAUACCAACGAACAACAACACCACUAUCAACAACUCGAAUUUGCUCAACUCUGCUUUCAUCAUUACGACACUGUACAUUGCUCAUAUACCGCGAACAUCAAUUUUCUUGCAUCGGCUCAAGCGUUUCUAAACAGCUUCAACAUCGUUCUCCGGACUUCCUACAUUCCCGGCUAUUGACAAACACCAAAAAAUCGUUUGUACGACUAUUUCCCAUCUUAUUUCUAUUCUUUUUUGAACAUCUUUAUUUCUUCUUUCGCCAUGGAAUGCCUCAAGGACAAGUUCGUUGGCGGUGCCCUUCUCAAGGGACGUUAUCAGACCAUCUCCCCUCUCAACCAUGGAUCUUUCGGUAUGGUAUUUAAGGCCCAGGAUCUUGUAACCAAUGAACCUGUUGCUAUCAAGUGCCUCACCAAGAGAAGUGCCUGCCCAGAUGUCGAUUCCGAUUUCGCUAUCGACGAGAAGUCGGAGGAACAGGCCCUCCACAGCCGCCUCGGAACCCACCGAAACAUCGUCAACCUCAUUGAUUCAUUCGAGACCGAUUCUCACAUCUAUCUCGUUCUCGAGUUUUGUGGUCAGGGCGAUCUUUACGAAGCUAUCCGAAAAGGUCACGGUCCUCUAGAGACGGAGCAUGUUCGUCAAUUCAUGAUCGAGCUCAUCGAUGCCGUUGAUUACAUGCACUCUAAGGGAGUCUACCAUCGCGAUAUCAAGCCCGAGAACAUCUUCCUCACUCAGGAUGGUGCCAUGAAGCUUGGCGAUUUCGGUCUGGCAACUACAGAAAAGUGGUCUUACGAGAUGACUGUUGGCAGUGAUCGUUACAUGGCUCCUGAACAGUUCGACUCGGCCGGCGCCGGUUACUCGCCUGCCGAAGCGGAUAUCUGGGCCAUUGGUAUCUGCCUACUCAACAUCCUCUUCUCUCGCAAUCCUUUCACCACUCCUACCGAGGCUGAUCCCCUCUUCCUCGACUACUCCCGGGACAAGCAGUCCUUGUUCGACGUCUUCCCCUCCAUGUCUCAGGAUACGUAUGAGGUCCUCGUGCAGUGCAUGAACCUUGACCCCAGGCGACGCUCACUGGAGGGUGCCCGUGAAGCUCUGCUCCGCGUUGUCACGUUCACCACCGAUGACGAGGAUGAUGAUGAGUACUGUGGUGCCGAGUCUCCCAACGUGGCCACCGCCAACCGCGAGCCUCUCCGCACCCCUUCAAUCCAGUCCCCUGCCGUCGAUACCGGUGCUUUCCCCUGGGCCAAGGCUCUCCAUGGUACCACUCAUCUUGGUCGUCAACUCAGUGUCAUCCCUGAUGACGAGAGUUACACUGAGGAGCUCUUCCCUAAGUCAGAAGCGACUACCACCGACUGGUGCUCUGCCAACAUGCAGACCCCUAUGUCGUCUGUUUACGACUCUCACUUGGGCGCCUCCAUGAAGUCUAUGGCCAUCAAGCCUACUGCCCGAUUCAAUCGAUCUUCCGCAACUGCUGGCUCCCUCCCAAUCAACAUGGCCAAGCCCAUGCCAGCUAUGUCCAUGGUCUUUGGUCGACGUCAGGAAACUGUCUCUAAGAGCUGGAGUGACAUGUGGGACGAGGAUGAGGAAGAGGAGGAAAUGGAACAACAGCGACAGAUGCUUCAGGAGCUCAAUGCCAGGACUUGGAGCCAGGAGAGUAAGGAGGAGAAGAAGGUAGUGGAGGAGGAGGAGGAGGAGGAGGAGGGACAGGUCACGAAGACCGCCCAUUGUACAGCCUGAACCCGAGCCGGUGUCGCACACUCACGACAUCAAGGGUGAUGUGGAUGAUGACUUGGUCGCUGAUGGCUUCUUCUUCCAGGAAGCCCCAACCCCCAAGCCUCAGCAAAUCACCAUCACUCCUCAUUACUCGCACUCGCCCAUGAGCAAACCGAGAAGUUCUCUGGACAAGUGGGCGGCGUUGGGUGAGCGACGCCGCGGUCAAAGUGCUACUUUGGAUUCUAUUAAGUCGGUGGACUUUUCUAAGCCACGACGACACAAUUUUGGUUUUGGAUACAACAAAUCUUAUGAAGCGGGCGUUUGGGAUCAUUCUAAUUAUCACCACAAAUUUGGGGCCGCUAAAGAACGGUCUAACAGCAAGGAAUGUCCCUGGAACAAGGGCAGAGAUUGGAACUGGCGUCGGGAUCGACGCACCGAUCUUGGAGACGUUGAGUGGGUUGGAGGUUGGUAAACGGGAUUGACUCCCAUCAGCCUUCAAAUGUAGUUUGGCCGUCUUGAGUCCCUGGCGCGAUACUCGAAGAUAUUUCGGGCGUUGCUUGGAUUAUGAUGAGAGCCUCACUCGCUUUCUGUGUAUAGGAUAUUCUAGAAUAAUAAAUACCAGAAGUACCUACUCAAACACUAUCUAUUCGUCUUAGCUAUGUGAAGUCUUUGUUUCGUUUUCCUAUACUAACUUGCCGUUAUACUCAACUGGACGUAUCUCACUUCUCAGUUGUCUAAUGUUCCUAAGCAUAGACACAUAUAGUUUCACUCGAUACUAGGCACAACGUCAUGCCCAGGCUUUGCCUCUUGACCUUGUGCAACUUUGGCUAAAGGCAGCAUGGCAUGAUACCAAUGCACACUCCCAGACCAAGACAGGUUUCCUGCUCCCUAAGCCAUCAACUAGUAGUGACUAACGUGCGGCUACACUCAUGACAAUUCUAAACCAAAAUAGGUAUACGACUCGCAAUCCACCCUCGGACGGCCCGAUCGGCCUGUUUCCUCGGGACUUGUCAAUUCUCCUACCCAUUGUUACCGCUUCUCUCGUUUCCCGGAAGGUCGGAUUGGAUGAGAGCGAACGAAGCCAUGGCGUGACGAAACAAGUUGAGAGAGGGGUCGAAGCUGGGGUAUGGCAUGUCAUGUCAUGGGAGCGGCAGUUGGGGGAUCAGCAGCGGGGUGGAAGAACCGCAGAGAUGAGCUUAGGAGAGACAGGAGACAUUGGCAAGGUGGUCUUGAUUGUACUCGGAUUUUAUGUAUCGAUAAUGAUGGUUAGGUAUGCUCAUUACGUCUCGAGAGACUCAAGUCUCAAGUAUUGUCUGACUAUCAGGAACAUGAGGAGGUUCACUGAUGACGCUGCCACUCACACAAGCCAAGAUACGGAUAAAAAGGAGAUGAGGGUAAAUGGGGAUAUGCACACUGUGGUGCCGUCACGCGUGAUGUAAGUGUGUGAAGUUAAAGCGGUGAAACAUCACAUAUGUAUCUCACAACAAACAGGUCGAGGAUCAAAGGCGCAAUUUGCGUGAGAAAAGUGUUGGUAAAAACAAAUAGAGCUCGGAAGCUCAUUGGUAACGUAUUAUUCAUAGUCCUAUAACCCUUCUCGUAAAGUAAAUGACGAUGCGAUUCCUUUGGGACAUAACACACAAAUGCGUGACAACUCCAGUAGAUGCCUUUCAUACUCAAACGAACACAGUCUAGUCAGCGCCAAUGAGAUGCUUGGGCAAGAAUGUCCAGAUUGUUC